ACCAUCGUUCUCCGAGAAAAGACAUUCCUCCCAGGCAUUUCAUCAAAUAGCUUCCAAGCCAUAGCUAAAAAUCCCUACAACACAAAACAUACUCUAAUCAAUGAAUUCCAAGAAAGGAAGGGUGUCCUUAACGGGCAUUUCGUAAAACAGCUCCCGUGCAUCAUCAAGCUUAUAACUUUCCACGUAGCAAGCAAUCAUCUUGGAAAUUGAAGACUCAUUAGGAAAUGGGUCAUUAUCAAAACACCAUGUGAGCUCAAUUCAUCUAACAUCUGGUUCUUCAGCUACACAAGAAGUAAUUGAAAUGACUGAGAUAGCAUCUGGUUUUGUUGAGAUUGGCUUCAUACUUGGUGUUCAUGGGAUUCAAGGGGAGGUUUGUGUCAAACCCAACACUAGUUUUCCUGAGUUACGGUUUUGCAAGGCUGGCAGAAGAUGGUUAAGGCAACAAGUUUCAGGUACUGAAACAAUUGAAGAAGUGGAGCUUGUUGAAGGAAGGGAACAUCCUGGGCGGAAGGGUUGGAUACUUAGGCUAGGCAACUUGUUGGUUCAACUUGUAAAGGAAGAUGAUAGACCACUGUUGGAAGAAGAUGAAUUUUAUACUCGUGAUCUUGUUGGAAUGGGAGUGAUUCUCAAGGUCUGGUUUUUGCAAGAAGAGAAACUGCCAAUUGUUAGCAGUUCAGAGGAGCAUGGUCAUAAGAUUUUGAUGAAAUCACCCUGGCAAAUGUUGCAGUCACCGGUUGGAUCUGGAGGUGUCAUUAGCUUGCUUUCAUGCCACAAUAUGAUUGAGAAUCUUAGCCAAAUGGGUUUGGAGUACAUUCAGAUAUGCAGCAUCAAAAACAGAUGUAUUGGUGGAAGCUCCCUUCUCCUUGGGUUUGCUCACUCUCAAAAUGCUGACGUUGGUGUCCAGAUUCCUCAAGAUACAAUGGAUUUAGAAGAGAGCUUUGGCAUGGUUUUCUCAAUGAAUUUUAUGAAAAAAUUGGCAAGACAGACCAAUAAACUUCAAUUCUAUGCAAUACCCACUCUGAGUUCGCAGGUUGAGAUGGUUGAGAAGAAGUGGGUUGAUGUUGUUCCUUCCUCCCCAAACUCAUACGAACUUUGUUGUACAAUUUGUAGUUGCCUAAAUGCUUGUUCUCCGGAUAAGGUUUGCACAAUGGAGAUCACAGGUUAAUGUAUGAACCAUAAAGAGCUUUUGGCUUUUUGGCCUUCCUUAGUUCAAAAGAGUAUAAUGUGUAUGCAACCUUGAUUCCGGUUCCCCCUGGUUGCCUCUUGUUCUCCUUCCACUUCUUUUCUAUUCACUUUUUUACCUGUAAUGAUUUGUUGAUAAUGUUUGUUGCCAACAAAUUCAUAUGGUCCUG